AUGCUUUUUGCUGGGGUGUUUCGUCUUUGUACAAAUGGUCAGCUUGGGUUCAAUGAAACGGUUCUCUGGCUUCCCGGUUCUCCGGCAUUCCUUGAGAAAAUUUAUCCCUUUGGCUCUCCGGUUCUCUGGCUUCCCGGUCCUCUGGCUCUUCGGUCCUCUGGCUCUCUGGCUCUCUGGCAUUCCUUGGGAGUAGCAGAUUAA